CACUCGUGUUAUUAUAAUUAUUAUUAUAAAUUAUACUUCGAUUUAACUUGCCGGUGCACCAUUUGUUCAUUCAGCCGAGUGCAAUAAACUUAAGUUCUGAUCCUUUUUGAUACACAGUUAUAUUUAAAUCAUAAAAAUGUUGAAGGGAUUUACAGCUUUAGUAACUGGAGGCGUUUCUGGAUUAGGACGUGGUACAGUUGAAAGGUUUGUCAAACAAGGAGCACAAGUAGUAAUUACUGACCUUCAAUUAGCAUCUGAAAAAGGAAAGGAGCUUGCUACAUCAUUGGGAUCCAAUGCUGUUUUUACUCCUAUGGAUGUAACUUCAGAAGAAGACGUAACGAAAGCUUUAGAAUUAACCAAAAAUGAAUUCGGUAAGCUCGAUGUACUUGUGAAUUGUGCGGGUAUAGCAGCGGCUUUCAAAGUCUACAACUUUAACAAAGAGAGGCCCCAUUCUUACGAUACUUUUAAACAGAUUAUUGAUGUCAAUACUUGUGGAACUUUUAAUGUGAUUCGAUUAGCAGUAGGCUUAAUAGGGAAAAAUACACCUAAUAAUGAUGGACAACGUGGAGUUGUGAUAAAUACCGCUAGCGUAGCAGCUUUUGAUGGCCAAAUGGGUCAAGCAGCUUACUCAGCAAGUAAAGGAGGAAUUGUAGGAAUGACUUUGCCAUUGGCUCGUGAUUUAGCAUCUCAAGGCAUAAGAGUCUGCACUAUUGCACCUGGAUUAUUCGAUACACCUCUGUUGCAAAGUCUGCCUCCUAAAGUCCGUGAUUUUCUAGCAAAUUCUAUACCGUUCCCACAGAGACUUGGUCAUCCUGACGAAUAUGCUCAAUUGGCUCAAGCUAUUGUUGAAAAUCCUCUUUUAAAUGGAGAGGUUAUUCGUCUUGAUGGGGCUCUUCGUAUGAUGCCUUAAAUAAAUGACGAAUUUUCAAAAACAACUGGAUCAUUUUUAAUUGAACCAUCAUUCUUGAAUUAAAAAUAUUUUUUUACGAAUCAAUGAAAUUGUUUUGAAUACCUUGUUAAACUGUAUAUAAUAAAUUUUUAUCAGUGCACCAAA